CGCCCCUCGACAGUGCCUGGAGGAAGUACAUUCCGGGAGACGAAACGAAACCCCAGAUCCUCCAUCCAUUUAAUGUGCUUUAGUGUGGUUUGAAGCAUAACCUCAAACCUUACCUCACCUGUCUAAAAGAGGACGCAGAUGCUUCGUCCCUGAGGAACGCGAUUGUAUCUUCAUCUUCAGCUCUGUGUUCGCCUCUGCAUGUUGUAGUCAAAGUUCACUGGAGUAUGAGAUGGAAGUGGUCCUGAUCGCCUGCGGAUCCUUCAACCCCAUCACCAACAUGCACCUCCGCAUGUUCGAGCUGGCCCGGGAUCAUCUAGAAGACACAGAAAAAUACCGUGUGGUGAGAGGAAUCAUUUCCCCUGUAGGUGACGGCUACAGGAAGAAAGGGUUGAUUGAGGCCCGCCAUCGUGUGGAGAUGGCAAGACUUGCUACGAAAACCUCCGACUGGAUCGAGGUCGAUACCUGGGAGAGUUUACAGCCCGACUGGGUGGAGACGGCCAAAGUAGUUAGGCAUCACUUCGAGGAGCUGAAGGCUGCCCAGCGGGACGAGGACGAGGACGACACGGUGUCCUACGGGAAGAAGAGGCGCAUGGAGGAGGAGUACCCCUCGAUCAACGAGGCCAAGCACCCGAAGCUCUUCCUGCUGUGCGGGGCGGACGUGCUGGAGUCCUUCGGCAUCCCCAACCUCUGGAAGCCGGAGGACGUGGAGGAGCUGGUGGGCCACGGCGUGGUGUGCAUCACGCGCGGCGGCAGCGACCCCGAGAAGUUCGUCCACCAGUCGGACGUGCUGUGGCGCCACCGCCGAGGCAUCCACCUGGUGCGCGAGUGGGUGACCAACGAGAUCUCGGCCACUCACGUGCGGCGCUCGCUGCGACGCGGCCGCAGCGUGCGCUACCUGCUGCCCGACGCCGUGGUGACGUACGUGAAGGAGGAGCGGCUGUACAGCGCCCAGAGCGAGCAGAAGAACGCCGACGUGGUGCUGGCGCCUCUGGCCAGGUACACGGACGCCGGCCCCAGCUGAGGGCCCCAGCUGAGGGCCCUCAGCUGGGGCCCUCAGCUGAAGGCCCCAGCUGAGGGCCCCAGAUGAAGGCCCCAGCUGAGGGCCCCAGAUGAAGGCCUUCAGCUGAAGGCCCCAGCUGAAGGCCCCAGAUGAAGGCCCCAGCUGAGGGCCCCAGCUGAGGGCCCCAGCUGAGGGCCCCAGCUGAAGGCCCCAGCAGAAGACCCGGAUGAGAGCUGUGUGUUCUUGCAAAUGGACAAACAUGGACACCUGAGAAACGAUCAGGAGAGCAUUGAGUCCGGUUCGGUUGUGUUUCUGAAAGUGUUUAUCGUCCAAGGUGCAAGUUUUUUAAUAAGAUGUUCUUGAUGUGGGGGUGAAGCCCUAAUAAUUGUGGAUGUAGGUUGCUGUGAAUUUUAGAUGGAGAGUAAUAAGAACAUGCUUGUCAACACAAAAGAUUUGGAUAACUUGUCCUUUUUUAAACUAUAGGUUACCAAGUUUUUUUAAAUGCACAACUUAUUUAUAUACAUGUAGGCACAGGAAGGCUUUGAUGAAUUUGAAUAGAAUGUACUGCACUCUCUUUGUAUAUAACAUUUUUACGUCCCAUUGCAGUUUCCUAUCUGGUCUGGAAUAAAGUGCCACAAUCACA